GUUUAUGUAUUUGCAUUUUCUAUCUUAACUAUUGUUUUUUAGUUUUCAAUUUUUGACUGACUUUUCGUAGUCUAUUUAUUUGUGCGGGUCUUCUGGAAUCAACCGCCUAGUAUUUCAAUUAUCUGAUGCUUCGAGUCUCUCAUUUUGAUGCAUAACAUUAAUCAAGAUAAACCAGAUUGCUAAAUGUCUAUUUCGUUUAUUGUUUGUAUUGAACGUUAAGGUAUGCCACUUUCGUUGCAUAUUGCGCAUAUUUAGAAAUGUUUAUAUUGAUCUUGGUGCAAAUGGUAUUUGAACACCGGUGUCUGGUAUGAAAACCCCAUUGGUUCACCCCGCGAGCCAACCCUUUAACUAGAAGGUGAGGGAAUAGAUACUUUCAACCAUUAUGUGCCAUGAAAGAGGAAUUUUUUGCAGGUGAACACCCAAGUUUGGUUGGGAAGGUGGAAUUCCUGGGUCGGUGUCGAAUCUGGCCUGCCAGUUGUAACUCCCACCAACUAACCGGUUGAUCGCAGUCCAGCAGGCUUUGUAUGGACAGUUUAGGCAUGGUAGCUUGCCGGCCAGGGUUUUUGGCUGUAUGAGAUUUUGACUGCUCUUUGAUGGACUUUUCGGUAAAAUUCAUCAUUCUUAUCGUUGGCCUAGACAGGAUUCUAAAGACCUUGGAGAUAUCUGUUGUGAGGUUGUAGGUACAACGGUAUUUGCUGUCUGAGAGUGGUAAUGGCAUCAGGCAAUAUCCAUUGUGCAGACAUGCAUGAAGUGCCAGAAGUUAUUGAUGCAACUCCUCCAAAUCCUGUAGAGCAUGAUGUAGGUGAAGUGAAAAGCUCCAUCCGUCUUACAGUCAAAUCUAACAUCACUGCUGCAAGUAGUGUCCAUGAACUACUGGAAUGCCCAGUAUGCACUAAUUCUAUGUAUCCUCCCAUUCUCCAGUGUCCGAAUGGUCAUACACUAUGUUCUCAAUGUAAAUCCAGAGUUCACAACCGUUGCCCUACAUGCAGACAUGAUCUUGGUAACAUCAGAUGCUUGGCCUUGGAAAAGGUAGCGGCUUCCCUUGAACUUCCUUGCAAGUACCAGAGGCAUGGUUGCCAGGAAAUAUUUCCUUACUACAGUAAAGAAAGCCAUGAGGGCCGUUGUAUUUUCAGGCCAUACAAUUGUCCAUAUGCUGGUUCUGAGUGUACUGUAACUGGCGACAUUCCUUUUCUUGUAGCUCAUUUAAGAGAUGAUCAUAAAGUGGAUAUGCAUUGUGGUUGCACUUUCAACCAUCGAUACGUGAAGUCAAAUCCCCAUGAGGUUGAGAAUGCUACGUGGAUGUUAACUGUAUUCAAUUGUUUUGGGCAGUUCUUUUGCUUACAUUUUGAAGCAUUUCAGUUGGGAAUGGCACCUGUAUACAUAGCUUUCUUGCGAUUUAUGGGAGAUGAUAAUGAUGCGAAGUGUUUUAGCUACAGCCUUGAGGUUGGAGCAAAUGGUCGGAAAUUACUGUGGCAAGGAGUGCCACGAAGCAUUAGAGAUAGCCACAGGAAGGUGCGUGAUAGUCAUGAUGGACUGAUCAUCCAAAGAAACAUGGCACUGUUUUUUUCUGGUGGUGAAAGGAAAGAAUUGAAACUGAGAGUAACUGGACGUAUUUGGAAGGAGCAAUAAUUAGCUUGGCAUUUGAUGGUUAAUGUCGUGUGAUUUUUCUGCUGCUUAAAGCUCUUCAAUUUCAUUUGAAGGGCAAAGAUCUGAUAUAUAAGCCAUCCUUAUCUUCAAUUACCUCUGCAGAAGCUUCAGAAUUAUUUUCAAUUAGAACACUGUAGCGCAUCCUCUGAAAUGAUUACGGAAAGCCAUAGCUGAUGAAUACAUAACCUGCAAAGGAUACGCCCUUUGAUAUCUUGACAUUCCUAAGAAAUGAAGUAUUUGCUAAAUGUGGAGCUUCGUUGUAAAUCUAUCUGCUGUUCAUCUUUGAUGAAAACUAUUCAUCAAAACUACAAUUACUGAUGCUUUAUUAGCUUAAAUUAUUGAAAUAUCAUUUUGUGCC